CCUGACUUUACAGCUGCACGACGCAUGCGCGAAGGCCAGCUAUAACUGCUACUGAGCCCUACUGUAUCGCCUGGUUUUAAUGCCCUACACUACAAGACACGAUGGAAGAUAUGACGCCGGCACAGAUUAAGGAGAUAAAGAAAUCGUUUUCCCUUAUCGAUGAAAAUGGAGAUGGACGCAUUUCGUCACACGAACUGCUGAGAGCAUCUCGCCUACUGGGUAUGAACCCGACGCUUCAGGACGCUGAGGCAAUGAUAAAAGAAGUGGACGAAGACAACAGUGGCUACAUUGAGUUUGACGAGUACGCCGUGUUGAUGUCGCAUCAUGUCGGCGCCAUGGAGCAGGAGCUGCGGCACCUGAAGGAGGCCCUGGCGGUGCUGGACGUCAACAGGGACGGGAUGAUUGAAGUGUCCAUGUUGAAGCAGGUGGUGAUGAUGGUAGGGGAGAGGCUGACGGAGAAUGAGGUAGAGACGGGACUGAGCGCUGUCAAAAUACACCCUGGAAACAAAAUAAAAUAUGAAGAAUUUGCAGAGAUGCUGUGUCAAAGACUGCUGUGAGAAACAGAAAUAUCCCCACGUCCUCUCGUGGUCGCGGGCAAGGCACAUCAGAUUCACAAACGUCCUUUAAAAUUACUUCUGUAAUCAAUUUGGUGAUUUUCUUCACUGAUGGUUACUGCAAAGUAAAAUUAAUCGUUUCAUAAGAAUGG